AUGGAAACACUAAAGCCGGGGACGACGAUUAAAAAGGGUGGUUUGCAGCUCUGGGAGCGCGAACUACUCGAGUCUCCUGAAGUGAAGAGAAAAGCUACCGUUGCUCAACUCUAUUUCCUUGAUUAUUAUUUCUCAGCUCUCGGAUACAUCGCUGCACGUAAAGAACGUCGUGCUAGAUUCGACUCAGAUACCCGAUCUCGGAAUGUCGUGCCACCAUCUUCGGAAUAUACCAAAGAGUUCAAGUCUUACUGUGGAAGAGAACGUGUUCUAUUGAGGCGUCGACGAACAAAACUUAAGGUUGACCAGUUCCAUAUUAUUGCCCAGGUAGGUCAGGGAGGUUAUGGUGAAGUCUAUUUGGCAAGAAAACAAGAUUCUGGAGAAGUAUGUGCCCUGAAGAAGAUGAGGAAACGUACUUUAUUCAAGAUGGAUGAAAUUCGGCAUGUUCUAGUGGAGCGCGACAUCCUUACUGCCACCAAAACAGCAUGGCUUGUACGACUGCUCUAUGCAUUCCAGGAUCCGGAGUUCGUCUAUCUAGCCAUGGAAUACGUACCUGGAGGCGACUUUCGGACACUAUUGAAUAACUCCGGUGUGCUAAAAGAGGAACAUGCUCGAUUCUACAUCACCGAAAUGUUUACUGCCGUUAAUGAGCUCCACCGUCUUGGAUAUAUUCAUAGAGAUCUAAAACCGGAGAAUUUUUUGGUUGAUGGUACGGGUCACGUCAAGCUCACAGACUUCGGACUCGCGACAGGAGCGCUGAAUCCGAAGAUAAUACAUUCGCUGAAAGGGAAACUCGAUAGAGUCAAAGAUAACCCCAUCGUCCAUCGAUCAACUCUGGAAAGACGGUCUCUAUACAGGUCGAUUCGGGGCGAGGAUCCUCGAUAUGCAGAUUCGGUAGUUGGUUCGCCCGAUUAUAUGGCACCAGAGGUCCUUCGUGCCAAACCAUACUCUUACAGCGUGGACUAUUGGUCGUUGGGGUGCAUCCUCUUCGAAUUUCUGGCUGGCUUCCCACCUUUUAGUGGCGGUACACCAGAAGAGACAUGGACGAACCUGAAGAAUUGGACCAAAGUUCUGCGUCGGCCCGAGUAUGACCGACCUGAAGAUCUAAUAUUCAACCUGACGGAUAUCGCUUGGGAUGCGGUCACAAGGCUUAUCGCUCAUGCUAGCGUACGUUAUUCUUCUUUGGACCAGGUACAGCAGCAUCCAUUCUUUAAAGGGGUCCGCUGGGAAGACUUGCGUGCACAGAAGGCACCAUUCGUCCCUGCCCUCGACUCAGAGAUCGAUACGGGCUAUUACGAUGACUUCACUUCCGCGGAAGACAUGGCCAAGUAUGCCGAAGUUCAAGCGAAGCAGCGAAACAUUGAUAAAGUCAAAGAGAAGGAAGUCGAGUUCGGUAGGGGCGUGUGGGUUGGUUUUACGUUCGGGAAGAAUGGGCCUGGCGCAAAUAUGAGAGGUUUGGGCGGGUAUGAUGGGAGUGAUGAGAGUGACCAUGCACUUGCGACGAUCUUUUGA